AUGUCGCCACGGGAGGCUGAGGCAUGGAGCUUUAGAGCGGCUUUAUUAUGGAUGAAAGAAUGGAGGACCCAGAAGUGUAUUUUUGAACUAGACGCAAAAUCAGUAGUAGAUGCAGUGCAUGAUAUUAGAGGGUAUUCUAAUUUUCACACUAUAAUUGAAGAGUGUGAAGAAAUUCUAAAACACUUUCAAGAAGUGUUAGUUGUGUUUGAAAAUAGAUCUGCGAAUCAAGUUGCCCAUGAGUUAGCACAGGUGGCUUAUUCCAUGACAGAUCCUAUGGAGUGGGUGGAUUAUGCUCCAGACUUUCUGCUUUGUAAUCUUAUUUCUGAUGAGUAUUAA